AUGGUUGCCGGCCUCAAAUCCGUGGACUACGAAACGCGUCUCGCGAUGCUUGAUCUCUUUCCCCUGGAGUACCGUCGCCUCCGAGCGGACCUAAUUCUUACUUACGCCCUGUUUGAACAAAGCUUGGAAAACAGGUUUUUUACCGUUGACCCAGCAAACACCCGGCGGGGACAUAUGGAUUCGCUUUCGGUUCCGUCCGUUGCGAUGGUUAAGCUGUUCGUCGGUAAUUUGAACCCUGAGACGAAGGCUGCUGACCUGCGGAAGAAGUUUGAAGCCUACGGUAAGGUCACCGAGUGUGACGUGGUCAACAAUUAUGGCUUCGUGCAUAUGGAGAAGGAUUCGGAUGCAGAAGCUGCGCUCGCUGGCUUGCAAGACAGCAUCUUAGAUGGAGUGAAGAUAAAUGUGGAGCGUAGUCACGGUAAGCGAGGUGGACCUGGUCCGAUGAGGAGGCGUGAGGGGCGAUAUCGCGACAAUCCCGUUGAUCGCCCCCGUGGACCACCCCCUAGAUAUAUGGGUGCUGGCCCGCCACCUCGUAUGGGAAGGUAUGGGCCUGGUUGGGACGAUGGCUACGGAGGCCCCUACGGACCACCGCCACCUCGCGGUGGUCCCAGAGGCGGACCAGGAUACGACUACCCAUCAAAUGGGACAGGUGGUCGUUACCCGCCACCGCCCGAUCGUCCAGAACCCGUGAGGCCACCGCGGGCACCUGGGCGAGAGCCUUUGCCCCCUCCACCGUCUGCAGGAGGUUAUCGUGGACCCCCCAUGCCGGAUCCCGUCCCUCCACCCCGUGAAUAUCCACCAAAGGGUGCUCCUCCCCCUCGCCAAAGGUACGAUAACUACGAAAACUACGGUGAGUAUGAUCGCUAUCGCGAACCGGUUGCGGCACCUGCACCCAGGUCCAACGACUACUAUGACAACUACGGCAAUUACAGUAGUGGUGGAGGGUAUGAGGAAGGCGAUAGAGCCCCUCCUCCUGGAGGGUAUGACGGAGGAUACGAUUAUGGUUACUAUGAUUAUGGUGCAGAUAACCGGUCGCCCGCCCCACCACGAUGCUUAACUGACGUGCCGCUUGAUAGGAGCAUGAUCAACAGCCCUCCAAGUUGCCUAAUUUGCCCAGAUGUGAUGAGGACGCCAGGGUUGGCUUCAAAUUAUGAGUUCCAGUCUGGCACUCCAACCGCAGUCUGGGAACCAGUCAUCCAGAUGAAAGCUCGAAACGCGAGAAACCAUGCAAAGGCCCAUCCUUUUACGAUGAUUGCAUCGGCGUCCGCUAACCGUUAUUUGGAUAUAUCCUUCAGCUUCUCGGUUACGCAUGCAUCGGAUGACCGAUUGCUCGCGGAAAUGCGCGUAGCUGUGAACAAAGGUACAGAAUUAGUCUCUCUCAGCCGGUAUCGAAUGACAUGGUGUGUCCACCAUGCACUUCCGGGUCGAGGCGGAAGUGCCGCAUGUAAAGCGGCACUGGUCAUUGAACCGUGGCGUAGGGCUGGUAUUUUCUUGUUCACGAUGGAUGUCAGUACUCGCACUGAAAUUGUGAAACUCUGUUAUUCCCUUGGUGAAAACGCCAUCACCGCAAAUCGUGGUUACGAAGCCAAACAUGGUCCCAUCAAAGGUAUUUUCACCGUGUCGACCAUUGCACGCUUGAUUGCAAAAUUUGAGUCCACUGGAUCUGUAUUGGAUUUUCCUGGCGAAAGGAGAAAGUCUCUGUUGUACAGAACGCCGUCGCGCAGCUUCAGUCCCAGAGCACCAUCACAUCUUCGCCAAUGUGUCACGUUCGCUAACUGGCUGCUGGACAAUGAAGAAAUCGUUCCCAACGUUUUGUGGAACGAUGGAUCAAAUUUUUCUGUGGAUGGCAUUAUCAACAAGCACAAUUACGUGAUAUGGUCCGCUGAAGCUCCUCACAUGUACCUCCAUUCCCCUUAUCUCUGUGUGUGGAUGGGAUUCUCCUCAAAGUAUCUCCUGCGUCCCCUUUUCUUUGAUGCUACGGUUUCCGGCGACAGUUACCUCUGUUUGCUGCAGACGCAUGCUAUCCCGCAACUCAAGCAGCACAAGAAGUCAUCGAGCGCCUUCAACAAGAUGGCACUCCACCCCACUACUCAAACCAAGUGA